AUGGCCCCAUCCAUCCCUAUCACUGGGCCGUCAACUCCAUCCCCUCAUAAUAUGCAGCACAUACUCAUCACUUCUUCCAUGGUGAAGAGGAGGCGGCGACCGCAGAAAAGCAACAACUUUUACCUUCCCAUAGCCCCCCCACUACUCAUACUUCCCAGAAGAAAACACCUCACACAACAAUCACUCGAUAUGACAGGGAGGUCGCAGCAGCAACAACCUUUGAGCGAUGGCGACACUGCUAAUCAGCAUGAUACUCCUUCCGCUGGGGAUCUUUUAGAGCAUGAAGAGGAAGGCUCAUCUUUUUAUAACUCACUCCACUACAUAUCUGAUGGCGACUUACUCCCGCCUUCCCAUUUGAAUGGCUGCCAAAAGAAGUUAAAUCAGUGGCGGUGCUGGACAAACGAAGUCAUUCCUUUGUUGAUCACUCCAUAUUUUGCAUACUUGCGCAAAUCAACUUCUCUUCACGAUCAAAUCAGACCAGAUGCAGAAGAAGUUGCUGCCUUCCAGUGCAGGUCCUCUUAUAUUGAGAUAUUGCGAAUUGAUUGCUGCACUUGUGCACCUGCUCCCCUUCAGCUCCUGGGUCGCGGUUAUUUUGCAUGCGCUCCCAUCACCCCUUCCCUCGCUGUGGACCUUCAGCUGCUGGAACUUGUGAAGACCUUGUUCGUGCAUAUCACUCCCAACACGACCACUUGGUGCGAAACACUCGAAGUCUUUCUGGCUGGCCGCGGGUAUCAUCUUACUACCAAGGAUAAUCUUUGUUGUCGAUUUGGUAACACCUAUCAUUGGUACUCUGUGCUCUCACCGUCCACUGAGGGACUAACACAUCCAAGUGACUAUCUGAGGUCUCGUUGUUUAAUUUGUUUCGGUUUGGAUGACUGGCAAAAAAGUGGAACCCUUAGUCUCCAACCUGACGUCCAUAAUUGCAUUGACGCAUGCUUCACUCAAAAAUGUUCAGCGGACCAACGCGGCGGAGGUCCAGAUCCUCCGGGCCCAGUCAGAUCAGUUUUCCUUUUGGAUGAGGAGGUGGCAUCAAUGGAUGCUCAUGUGCAAAGUUGUCGCGGUAGGCCCACUGAUCAGGGUCGCAAGAGAAAGCGACCUACAGCUACAGAAGAGGAUGGGGAUGGCUAUGAGAAUGCUGAUGAGAAGCACGAAAAGGCCAGCACCCAAUUUUUUGCAGAUACAGGGGUGAUGGCCAUGUUAUGUCGCCAUGAUCGUGUAUUAUGGCUCGCUAACAUGAUGUCAGCUGGAGAAAAGCAGUACUAUGCUCUCGCCCUGAUCAAGAAGCUUUUUGAUAAUCUCCCUCCCGAGAUGACCGUCGGCCUCCUGUAUGACAUCGGCUGUCAACUUCAUUGA